CCGGGGAGGUCUUGGGGCUGGGAGAGGCCAGAAACAGCACCUCAGUGAGAUGGGGGAACUGAGGCCCUUUCUGUAUGGAUGGGGAAACUGAGGCCCAGAGACCAGACACCCUUGUUCAGAGCACAGAGCAUGUCCGCAGAGCCAGGGCUGGCCCUCGGGGCUCCUCCCCUGCACUCAGAUGUACUCUGUACUCCCAGGCACUCUCCGAGGAAGCUAGUCUUGACAAAGGCCUACACGUACUUCCUCCUCCUGCCCAAAGUUGUGAAAUGCAUUUAUGGAGCCUCCUGGGGGGGCCCCAUGUGGCAUCUGGGCAGCAGCUUCUGCCCCCUGCCCAGGGAUGCACGUCAGUUACCCCUGGAGGCAGAAAUGUUGGGCAGAAUGGGCUUUGAUGGGUAGGUGGUCUAAGGGUGGGACCUGGAGUGGAGGUGGACAGGCUGAGCCCAGCUGGGAGCACGCAGGGUCCCAGGUGAGGCUGGCUGGGCCUGGACAGGGCAGCAUGAGAAGCCUGCAGUUACAGGCAGAUAGGGUACGGCCGUCUGCUGGUCAGCAGCCUGAGGACGACACCAUGGGUGUCACUGGAGAUUUGGGGCUUUUCCGAGCCCUGGGGGCUUCUAUCUGCUCCUUGCUGCACUGGAUUAGAGGCCUGUGUGUGUGUGUGUGUGUGUGUGUGUGUGUGUGUGUGUGGCACAUGAGCCUGUCCCAGCAUGCAUUGCCCAAGCGUGAGCACAGGUGUGCACAUAUGGGUGUGUACCAUGCUGGAUGCUGGCACAAGCAGGUGUCAUAUAACCGUUCCUUUAACCGUCAAUGAGUGCCUGCUGUGUACUCAGCACUGCAAACUGAAGAACAUGGACUUGGCCCUGCCUCAGGAGUGACAUUGAGGGCAUCAGUUAUCUCAUUUACUGCUGACUUGGUUUUUGUCCAUCUGCUCCCACUGGCCUUUAGCUCCAAAAAAGGUAGAGAUGUCUUUGUUGGUACUGCCUGUCCUCAGUGCCUGGAACUGUGCCUGGCACAUGCCAGGUGCUUGGUAGAUAGGAGCACAUAGUCGGAGAGCUACAGAUAAGGGCAUGCACUUAGGGCUCUGUAGGGAUAGUACGAGUUUGGGCUCUGCAGGUACCUGUUUGCAGGGGGGGAAGGGAGAGGAGGCCACACGACCAUGGAGGCCGAGAUUGGAGUGAUGGGGCCACAAGCCAAGGAACGCCUGGAGCCCGCGGGGACAUACAAGGAACCGAUGUCCCCGAGAGCCUCCAGAAGGAGCAUGGCCCUGCCGACGCCUUGAUCUUGGACUUCUGGACUCUGGAACUGGAAGAGAAGACUUUGAUGCUCUCAGGAAGGAAAACAUUUAUGAGAACAACAAACUGGCCUUCCAUGUGGCUGAGGAGAAGCUGGGCAUCCCAGCCCUGCUGGACGCCGAGGACAUGGUGGCCCUGAAGGUGCCAGACCGGCUGAGCAUUCUGACCUAUGUGUCUCAGUACUAUAACUACUUCCACGGACGCUCCCCCAUUGGGGGCAUGGCUGGUAUCAAGAGACCCCCGUCAGACUCCGACGAGGAACCGUCCGGGAAGAAGGCCCCAUCCCAGCCGGCCAGGCCCUCACCCACUCCAGCCAAGCGGCAGCCACUGUCUCCCACCAGCACAAACCCCGCCGUCCAGCGGAAGGACAGGAGCUCAGGGGGUCUCCUGCUGAAGACCGGCCAGGCCUCCGUGAACAGCUCCGUCAGCAGCACCUGUGGGGUCUGUGGCAAGCACGUGCACCUCGUGCAGCGACACUUGGCUGACGGGGAGCUCUACCACCGGAGCUGCUUCAGGUGUAAACAAUGCUCCAGCACGCUGCACUCUGGGGCCUAUAGGCCCACCGGCGAGCCCGGCGUCUUCGUAUGUUCCAGCCACCACCCCGAGGCCGCCUCUGCAAGCCCCACGUGGCGGGACCCGGCCCCCCGACAACCAGGGACCGUGCCCUCAGACUCCAAGCUGCCCAGUGCCCCAUGGAAGGCCCAGGAGGCAAAUGGGCUCCGAGACACAGGGCCAAAAGCCAGGCCAGAGGCCCGGGAGCUGGUGGUGAGCAGCUCAGCUGCCAAAGGUGUCCCCACUCCAGCUCAUCCUCUGGCCCCUGCCUCCUCCCAUGUCCACGCGGGGACCCCACCCGGGCCCAGGUUCUUGGCAGGCCUCCAGGGUGGCAAAGCCAGCAUGCGUGUGGACAACAGCUCCCCAGCAGGCUGGUCAUCACUGGCCCGGGACACGGCAGCAGUCAGCCCCCGUCCUGCCCUGAAACCGAGUGCCCCGGACUCUCGCCCGGCCACCCUGCAAGGCCGGGCGACCCCCCAAGCAGCAGCCCCCCAGACCAAGGUCAGUGUGGGCCCAGCGUCUCCAGGCCCAGCAGACACCCCAGACUGGACCCCGUCAGCCUCCAAGAUACAGCAGGCCCGGGAGAGGUUCUUCCAGACUCCUGGAGCUGCCCCCAGCCCUGGCCCAGCUGGCAGGGCCCCAGCUCCUGCGGAUGCACCUUCUGGGGACAGCAGCAGGGAGCAGGCGCUGAGCUGCCUCCUGAAGGCCCUUCCCAGGCUCGGGGACACUGGUGCCCAGGCGCCUGACAGGCCCUCCCCUGCUCUGAAAUCCCAUACCAGAACCGAAGGGCCACAAGCAAGUCCAUCAGCCAAGCUGUCACGGGUGGCAUCCCCCCAGGCCCUUAGCCCCCCUGCGAGGACUGAGCUGCCAGCCCCCCUGAGAGUGGGCACCACCUCACGGGCAUCCACAUCACCCCAGGCAGGCAGGAAGAGCCCGCCCGUAUCCUCAGGUGCCAGCUCCAGGCUGAAGCCGGAGGCCCCCCUGGCAAAGGGUGCGAGUGCCAGCCCCCAGGAAGGCCAGGAGGACGGGCCAGCAGGAUGGAGGGCCCGCCUGAAGCCCGUGGAGAAGAAAAGCCCUGCUGAGAGGUCAGGGCCUCGGAUGGGUGAGGCGCCUGGGAGGGUCCGUAGGAGCUCCGAGGGGCCCGCCCGCGUGCCCCCGACCCCUCUUCAGCCUGACAGGACAGCGGGCACAGCGAGCCCCGGGCCCAGCCCCUCAGCCGCCUCCCCGUCCCGAUCCCACCGCAGGAAGCUGGCCGUCUCUGCCAGCCUGGACGUUUCUGCCAACUGGCUUCGUUCGGAGCCCUCGGGGCAGGAAGUCCCAGCCCAGAGCUGGAAGGAAGAGGAGAAAGGGAAGCUGUCUGCUCAGGACAAACCAGCAGGGAGGCCCUUGGCCUCGGCUGGUGUCCCCGCUCCACCCGGCAAGGCAGUGACCAACCGUGCCAGGCUGCACCCUGACUACAUGCCCCCGGAAGAGAUCCAGAGGCACAUGGAGAACAUCGAGAGCCAGCUGGACGCCCUGGAGCUCAGGGGCGUGGAGCUGGAGAAGCGUCUUCGCGCCGCCGAGGGGGAUGCCUCCGAGGACGCCCUCAUGGUGGAUUGGUUCCAGCUCAUCCACGAGAAGCAGCUACUGCUGCGGCAGGAGUUGGAGCUGAUGUACAAGGCCAGGGACCAGCGCCUGGUGGAGCAGCAGUUGGACCUGGACGGGGAGCUGCGUCAGCUGAUGGCCAAGCCCAAGGGUCUGAAGUCCCUCCAGGACCAGCAGCGCGAGGAGGAUCUGCUGCGCCAGUACAUCAGCACGGUGGAGGACCGGAGCAACAUCGUGGAUGUCCUGGAGGAGGACCGGCUCAGAGAGCAAGAGGAGGACGAGAUGCUGCAGAACAUGAUCCAGAGUCUGGACCUCCAGAAGAGCAGCGGGGACCAGAAGAAGAAGUCCAAGUUCAGCUUGUCCAGGGUCUGGUCCCUGAGGAGCAAAAGCAAGACCCCCGAGUGAGCCGCCUGGCCGGUUGCAGGACCCGUGCCCUCGGCUCGGGCAGGGCGGGCGCCGUGGGAGUGGGAACAUGGGGGUGGGGACCUGCACCCCUCUCCCCGUGGGGUCUGAGCCACCACAAUAAAGAAAGUGAC